AUGCGUGUGAUGAGUGAAAUGGCGAUGCAGAUGACGAUUGAAUGGACAGACAUCACAACAUCCUUCUAUCACUCAUUCCACAAACAUCCAUCAUAUCGGGCAGCUCCUAGGGCAUGGCUCUAUAGGCUGACCGAUUGGGUUGGCAUUCUGAGUGAAGGUCUCAAGAUUGCACCCCCAGAAGCACCAGUCACAGGCUACAUGUUUGGAAAAGGUGUCUAUUUUGCUGAUAUCUGUUCAAAGAGUGCGAACUAUUGUUUUGCUACUCGCUCGAAAAACGUCGGUCUUCUUCUACUUUGUGAUGUAUCGUUGGGGACAAUGAAUGAUUUGUUAGCUGCAGAUUAUGAUGCAGAUCAGCUGCUGCGUGGAAAGCAGAGUGUUAUGGGGAAAGGAAGGAUUGCACUUGAUCCAGGGAAUAUACACCAGGGGCGGAUAUAG